CCCCUACAGAUGUCUCACCUCCUCUUUGCCUUACUGUCCCUGUUUUCUUUUGCUGCCCUACUGGAAAGUGCCCAGUGGAAACUGCAGGAAAAUGUGUUUGUCAUCGACUCCCAGUGGGACGCCGAGGCCCCGGCCACCACGGUGGAGCUCAGCUGUGCCAGCCCCGAGGAGGCAGUUUACUGGAGAAAGGACUCCAGUCCUUUCCAGGAAGGAAAACAAAGAGGCAAGACUCUGAGAGUGGCAGUGAAGGAGCUCCCGGACGCCGGCAACUACAGCUGUGUGAGCGAGGAGAGCCACAGGGUGCUGAGCUCCAUCCUCCUCCUCAUGGCCAGGAUCAGCCCCAGCGGCCACAUGAUGAGGGACAUCCUCAGAGCCUUCGAGGAGCCCAACAGGACAUUUCUGAAGUGUGAGGCAAAGAACUACUCUGGAAUUUUCACAUGUUCCUGGAUGACAGACUAUAACCCAAAUGUGAAGUUCACCAUCAGAAGCCUGGAAGGCCCCCAGGGUGAUGUGUCCUGCAGCAGCCCCGUGGCUGUCACCGAGGGGGCCCUGACCACCUACACAGCCCAGUGCCACAAGGAGAGCUUCUGUCCCUUUGCUGAGGAGCAGCAGCCCAUCGACAUCACCCUGGAGGCCAUUGAUGAGGUGUUGUAUGAGAACUACAGCGCCAGCUUCUUCAUCAGGGACAUCAUAAAGCCUGAUCCCCCCCAGUGCCAGUACGUGGCCAGCAAUGGAACAGUGACCUGGACAUACCCCAGGACCUGGAGCACCCCAAACUCCUACUUCCCUUUGACUUUCAAGGUCAAAGUUAAAAGCACAAAGAGACACAGAUACCAGGUGUACGACACGGAGGAGCAGUGGGUGCAGCUGCCAGCCCCCGGGCCAGCAGAGGUGUGGGUGCAGGCCAGGGACUGCUGCUACCUCAGCUCCUGGAGCCAGUGGUCCUCGCUCUGCAGGUAA